CGAAAUUCAAAAGACUUAAAUACUUGAAAAUCACACACAUUUUUGUGGUCUUAUCAAUAAUCAAUAGACAAAUACUUCAAACCAAUAUUAGUAUUAAUUUGCGUUCGCUAGAUAUUACCAAUAAUUAAUGAGUGAAAACCUGCAGGUUAAAUUGAUUUUAAUUUUUGCUUCGGGGAUAUCAACUGCUAAAUUUAGAACUACCGUAAAGUGUUCAACUUCAAACGGUUUUAUUGUUUAAAUGAUCAGUGUUAAAAGGUGAAAACAGAGAAAAAACAUGUAAAUGAGAUUAAAAAGGAAUGAAGUUUCAUACACUAGGUUACGAACCAAUAGACAGGGGAACAAUAGGCACAUGGAUGAUACAGAGUGUUUUGUUAUUACGGAAGAUCUGAACAGUAAUGGAAAAUAUCGAUUUUGUCCAGAGAAGCUUGUAGUUGUUCUGCUAGUAUUCUUCGUUGCGUCAACCUUUGCCCUUGCUGUUGUCGUCACUGUGACUGUGAUCAAACUCAACAAUGAAAAUCCACCCGGCACUAACAGCACACGCGCCACAACUGGUAUGUUCAAUAUCAUUUCUUUAAACCAUUCUAAUAUUAACAAGGAUAGAAAUCUGUUAACUAGGAAAUAUGAUUUAAAAUAUAUUUGAGUAGAACUGUGAUUGUUUUACUACAAUAAAUAG